AUGGCCUCAGAUAUUCAAGACGCAUUUUCUAUCCUUGAUCGUGAAGGAAAAGGAACUAUUAGUGAAAGAGAUAUCAAAAUUACCUUACGAGCCCUUGGGAUGGAGGCAACCCCGAAGAAGAUAAAAAAGCUGAUUGGCAAAAUAACAUCCAAAAAUGCAGAUGAGAUAUCAAGAGAAGAUUAUGAAAAGAUGAUGCUACAUGUUAUCAAUGACAUCGAUUCUGAUGAGCAUAUGGAACAAUCUUUUAAAAUAUUUAACACUGACGGAUCUGGAACUAUUUCUAUUGGACAGUUGAAAAGAAUAGCAAACACACUAGAAUUAGAUCUAACCAAUGAAGAAAUGCAGGAAAUGAUAUAUGUAGCAGAUGCAGAUAGAGAUGGCAUUGUUACAAAGGAGGAGUUCAUUGACAUAGCAAGAAAAAUCUUUUAA